GCUCCUGAGUCAUCUGUAUCACAUUGAAGCGGCUCGAUUAUUGAGCCAAGAUGGCGGUGACAGAGCGCUAUUUUCUUGUUUAAAACUAAAGCUUGGGGGCGGGUCUGAAGUUGCAUCACAGCUGAUCCGGAGCCCCUUCUCCUCCCCCCGUUAUUUUUUUGCAUCAGAGUCACUGGAGAAUCUUCUCAGUGCCCGUCUUAGCGUCUUUGUAUUGUCAAAAAUCGGGACUAGCUUUCUUCCUCAGGCUAGAAUUUUAGUUCACACAGUCUCGCGCAAUUCCACGAUGCCCCUUAUUUUCAGAAAACAUGCUUUGACCGCUUAUUUCAAAGGAAUCUUUUGUGAGUUCAAAUCAGCUUUGACCCAGUUUUGGGGUUCUCGACUUUGCUUGUGUUAGUCACCAGCGGAGAUGUAUUUGGCCGCAGAAGCGAGCACUUCCAGCUUGUUGAGCUCCGUGCAGGAGAACCCCGCGGGAGAUUCCAUCUCGCCAGCCUUGGAGCUGAGCCUCACCGCCGCGUACACGGUUCUCUACUCACUCCUCUUCGGCUUCGUGUACCUGCAGCUGUGGCUCAUUCUGCACUACGGAUACAAGCGCUUCAGCUAUCAGAGUGCGUUCUUGUUCCUGUGCUUGCUGUGGGCAGCGCUUAGGACGACUCUCUUCUCUUUCUACUUUGAAAAUGCGGCGCAGGCCGUGCAUCUGAAGCCGCUGGCCUACUGGCUGCUCUACUGCUGCCCGGUGUGCCUCCAGUUCUUCACCCUCUGCCUGCUCAACCUCUACUUUUGGCAGGUGGUGUUCAAGGCUAAAGCCAAGUAUUCCCCAGAGUUCACCAAAUACCGGAUUGCACUAUCAUUGCUAUUCCUGUCCCUCUGUAUAUGUUUCCUUGUGGUGAAUUUAACGUGCGCAUUAUUGGUGCAAGGUGCCUUGGAGCGUUCGGAAUUGCCAAGCGACAGGAGUGUGAGACAUGCCGUGCUAGCCCGCGUCUUGAUCAACGACAGUCUGUUUGUCCUGUGUGCCGUGUCUUUGGCCAUUUGCAUCUUCCGCAUUGCCAAGAUGUCCUCUGCCAAUGUUUUCCUCCAAUCCAAGGGGACAUCGGUGUGCCAGGCGACAGCUGUGGGAGCGAUGGUGAUUCUCCUCUACACGUCGAGAGCUUGUUACAACCUGGUGGUGGCGCUGUCUCCGCUGGGCAGACCUGAUUUGUGCAAUUACAGAUGGUACACAGUUUCCGAUCAGGCCGAUGUGCUGAAGUUCAGCGACGAGGCCUACAUGGUGUAUGGGAUUAUUUUGUUCUUCUGGGAGCUACUACCUACCAGCUUGAUGGUGCUUUUCUUCCGAGUCCAGAAGCCCAAACAGAACCUGGUUCCCGCAGGAAUCCUCAACAGCCACACAUUUGGCUCCAGGGAUUCUUUUUUGGACAACCCAAGGAGGUAUGACAGUGACGACGACCUGUCCAGAAGCAGCAGGGGCGAUCGGGCCAGCGUGCCCUCCUCCACCGCUCAACCCAGUUGCGUGUCUAGUUGGUACGGCUCUAUCCAGUGUAACAAGGCCCCGGCGGCGUCAAGCCAGCCAGCGCCCUCCACCACAGCCCCCCUCCUGUUCGCUUACGGAAACAUCCAGAGUACCCAGCACCAUCACCACAACUACUACUCCACCCCACAAAGUCACCAGCACCAUCACGGUUAUUAUCACUCCACCCCUCAGAACUGAGGAGUGAAAGCUCUUUCAUUUUGGAACCAUUUGCCCCUGGAAGUUUGAGGACCAAGGAUCGUUUGAUGCGAAAUGCACGAUCCUGUGUGCAGAUUGCGGAGCAGGAAUGUAGCUCUGACCAUAAUCCUCAAGGUCAUGCUUUAAUGAGGGUUUAAAAACAAUCAAUGGUCAGUGUUGAUUUUGGGAGGCAAAAUAAAUUCAUGUGAAAGGAACAAAAAGGACAUUCGGACAAACUGCUAAGCUGAAAUGUCAAUAGAAGACCGAUCUCAUCCAAGGUUCAACUUUAACCAAAGUGUAAAAGCUUGGUUCUAUGUCUUUGUAGCUAUGUGUCCAGAUUUUUUUUUUCAUCCCUCAGCAUUCACACCUAAUUUCUGAGUGAAUAGCAAUGUUGAGGUUUGUAAGGAUGUGUAUUAUUGUUUUGAUAGUUUGGUGUAUUAGUGUAACACUUUGGAUCUGAUUCACACAUUCGUUUUCGCUUCCACUUAUCCUCACUGAGGUUGCGGAUGAAUUGGUGCCUAUCCUUGGAGAAUUUGAGACCAGUCGCCAGUCACUCACGGGCCAUUUUGGAUGCCCUUUGUGAAAUGUGCAGAUGCUUGACCGCAUCACUGCGGAACAUGUGGUUAGCAUGUCUUGUCACUGCAAGAUGCCAACUGUGGCUAAAUAUGCCAGUAGAAUUGGACUAAAAAGGUCAAUACACCUGAGCUUCGCGUGCCAAUAGUAGAAAUAGUAAACACUUUCAGAAUUACUGCUCAAAAUGACUCAUAUGUGUGAAUGAUUGUUUGGCAACUAGAAUAGGCUAAAGCUAAACAGGAUAAGGUUCCACCAACACAUUACGACUGAACAAUCGACUUAUAAAUGGAAAUGUCAAUGCCACAAAAGUAUAUUUGCACCAUCUAUUGUGGAUGUCACCGAAAUCGAGUAUGAGAUUGUAGUGGUCCACAGGUUGGACAGUUUGGCCAAAAAUAACCGUUAUAAGCUUUUCUGCAACCUUUUGCACUUAGAUGUGUUGAUCCUCUGAAAGAGGAAGGAGAUGUCUCUCUGUCGUCACGUCAGUCUCAUACUUAACAUUCCUUUUGGAAAAUGUUUGCACAAGAUAGAAUCAAUGAUGUAUGUAUGGAAUCAUUUGCAUGUUUAUUGGUGAAAGUCAGUAUGUUUGUGAUCUGAACAAUGUGGAUGCUUUUAUAUUGUAUUUUUUUUAAUUCACCAUAUAGCUUUACCGAUUUAACAAAUUUGUACUUUUUCAUUGUUUUCCGUUGUUGGGAAUUUCAUUUGUGUAGUGUCCAAAACCACGUUAACAUUUUGUGCUAAAUCUCUGAAUUAGACAAUUGUAGGAAUCUAUGCAUCCCCGGACUUGACAAACAGCAUCUGCAAGUGGAAUGAUCUCGUUCGAGGCUUUUUUUUUUUUCAUAGAUAUAAACUAAAAAAAGAAAAAAAACAUUGCUCGCAUUUUCAAUCGCACCCAUUGUUUAUUGUGAAAGGUGAUCCCAAGGGAAAUUCCAGAGAAGGAAUGCUUGUCACAAAUAUGGACCCACAAGUUUAAAAUCAAACUCCUAAGUUGCUGCCGCCGUGUUCUUAAAAUGUGGUCAGUCUGCAAAACAUUUGUUGUUGCGAAUUAAGGACGCUUUUAGUUCCAUUUAUUGACAUGUGAAAGUUGCUUGUGCAGUCCAUGGCUCUGCAUCAUCAUGCAACAAGUCAACAUUAUGAUCCAGUCCCUCACAAGAAGUUCUUUUAACUAGGACCAUACUGAAUGUAACCUGUAUUGUGACAGACAUUAAAAUAAGCAAUGUUAAAAAAAAGUCUAACCAUUGUACUCCCUUACAGAUUUUUGUCACUGUGGACUUAAGGUUAGAUAGGUUAAAUUUAGCUACAUUUAAAAAGAGCAACCAAGAAAACAUGGGUGGCAAAAAUGGCACACAAUCAUUUAAUAAAUCUACGCCUAACUGAAAAGUAGUAGUCACUGUCAUUAACAUAGUUUGACCAUGAAGUGAUUUAAAAUUAUGAAUUAAAACAUUACAAUUCAAACCAACUGCAGCAAAGAGAAAAAUAGUAUUGUUACUAGCAGUUUGAAACAUACUGAGAAAGCAAAUAUGAGCAACUCAUGAUAUCAAACCAUUUGCUCAUUUUUAAAGCAAAAAGCUGCUCAGAUUUUGACAAUUGAAAUAAAACACUAAUAAUUCACAAACAUCAGAACAACUGCAAUUGUUUUAAGGCAGAAUGGUUGUUUUGGUCAUUUGACUUUUGAUGAUAAAACACUUAGCAAAAUUCAAACAAUAAACACAUUUGCAAUAAAUGUAGCCUCUCCAGAUAAAAGAAGCCUUCAAAGUAAACAUUCUUGACUUUCCUUCACACAAUUGCACCCAAUAGAAAUACCACUGAUCCCAUCAACUUGGAUUCUGGAG